GAUCCGUCUACUACCAGCCACCUUAGUGUUCCUGGCCGUGGAACCGGUGCGUAGUAUAAAUAGGGCAGCUCUACAACCGGAUGCGUUUAAAACUGUCCGAAAGCUUCUCCAGUAAACUUGUUCCUUUGCUGGGGAGUAGGCAGAUUCCGCACCAGUGCUUACCUUAGCAGUGUUACUAAUUCCAAUGUGUUUCGCCCCGGGAGAUUUCAUUUUACAAUAAUCAUGUCUUCAGUGCCAGUGCGAAGGAUAACGGCGUGUGCGGUGGUGGUGGUGGUGUUGCUUGCACUUAUCAGUCAAAUUAGUGGUCAGACGGAUUAUUGUGAUCCUACGCUGUGUAAAAACAACCUAGUGCAUGUGGGAUGUGGCAAGAGCGAAAACUACGGACCAUACUGUCCGGUCGAUCGGCAGCUGGUGCCCAUCACGGAGGAGGUGAAAACCUUCAUCCUAGACCUGCACAACGUGUUCCGUGCCAAUGUUGCGCGUGGUGAGGUGACCAACUAUGCGCCAGCCUCUCGAAUGCCAACGCUGAUUUGGGAUGAAGAGCUACAGAAGCUGGCCGAGUAUAACGUGAAGACCUGCAUCUACGGCCAUGAUUACUGUCGCAACACGAAGCUGUUCCCGCUGGUCGGUCAGAACAUUGCGGCCAACUCGUUCUACGGCAUGGAAGUGACGCCGCUCGAUACGAUGACCGAGCUCCUGUACAGCUGGUAUGGCGAGAACGAGAACGCCAAUCAGGACUACAUCGAUUCGUAUCCGCUGCUCGGCCAAGACCCACCGAAGGACAUUGGACACUUUACGCAGAUCGUCAUGGACAAGGCUACGGCGGUCGGAUGCGCCAUGAUACAGUACACACAGAACGAGCAGGGCCACGACUGGGUGCACCAGAACUACGUCUGCAACUACUCGAACUCGAUCGCCCGCGGACAUCCGGUGUACGUGAAGGGCAAUGCGUGCGAGCUGUGCGUGACGGGCUGCAGCACCAACUAUCCGGGGCUUUGCAACAUCGGGGAACCGGUGCAACCGACGGCAGCGUGGUGAAAGCGGGCGUGGUGAACUAUGUGUUAAUGUAAUUUAUUUUUCAAAUAACCAGACCGACCAGACCUUUGCCUUUCCCACAUUCAUUCGCCCUCCCUCCCUUGCCCGAGAGCCGCAAGGACAAUGACAUUAAAUGUAAACGAUCUACGAUACGAGCGCUAAAUUCGA